AUGAAGUUCUCCUCCGGAUUCACUGCCUUUGUCGCUGCCUCGGUGGCCACUGCCAACCUUGGCGCCGCCGCACCUGUCAACAACAACGGCCUCGCCACUCGUGACGUUUCCCAGUCAAACUCCCAGUCUACUAGUCAGCAGGCUUCGGGCAAGAACGUCCACCAGGACUCCGACUCUGCUCAGCACAACAACCAGGGCGUCAAGAUCUCCAAGGAUGCUUCCUUCCAGAUCUCGCACCCUGCUAUCGUCGUACCCGCUUCCAACCACCCUUCGUCUGGCAGCACCACCCCCUCCAGCAGUGGCUCGACCACUCCUGCCACCUCUGAGGGUGAGCACCACGACUCCGAGGACAGCAAGACUGGCGACUUGAUCUCGCUCAGCCUUCUCAACGGCAACAAGGCCAACGCUCAGGUUGCAGGCACUGGCAACCAGUCCAACAAGCGCUCCACUGGCAGCCUCGUCGACGCUGAUGCUCUCGACGACAACAACGCCAACCUCCAGAUUCUCGGCACUGGCAACCAGAAGAACGUCGACAGCCACAAAGAGCACCAUGACGGGCACCGUGACGCUGAAAAUGGCGACUUGAUCUCGGCCAUUCUCCUCAACGGAAACGACGUCAACGCUCAGGUCGCCGGCACUGGCAACCAGAAGAACAAGCGUGGCCUCUUCGGCGCCGCCUCCGGUAAGCAGGACGCUUCCGCUGACGGCUUCGGUGGCUCAUCCUUCCAGGGUCAGAGUAACGCUCCCGUCCUCUCCGGUGCUGGCAACUCGCUCACCGCCGGUGGCGCUCAGGGCUCGCAGAACAACGGCCAAGGAGGCAGCAUCACCCAGGACCUCCUUCAGAAGCUUCAGGCUCGUCAGCUCUUCUCCCAGGGCAAGCAGGGUGCUUCCGCCAACGGUUACGGUGGCCAGUCCGCUCAGGGUCAGUCCAACGCUCCCGUUCUCUCUGGCGCUGGCAACCCUCUCACCUCCGGCGGCCUCCAACAGUCGCAGAACAACGGUCAGGGCGGCUCCAUCGAGCAGGCCCUCUCCCAGCUCCAGAGCCUUGGCGGCUUCGGCAAGCGCCAACUCUUCUCCUCCGGCAAGCAGGGCGCCUCUGCUAACGGCCAGGGCGGUACCUCUUUCCAGGGCCAAAGCAACGCUCCCGUCCUUAGCGGCUCUGGCAACUCGCUCACCGCUGGUGGUGCUCAGGGUGCCGAGAACAACGGCUUCGGUGGCUCCAUUGAGCAGACCCUGUCUCAGCUCCAGCAGCUCGGCGGUGGCCUUGGCAAGCGCCAGCUUUUCGCUCAGGGCAAGCAGGGUGCUUCCGCUGAUGGCUUUGGCGGCAGCUCGGCCCAGGGCCAGACCAGCAACCCUGUCCUCUCCGGAUCUGGCAGCUCCUUGACCUCUGGUGGCGCUCAGCUCGGUGAGAACAACGGUCAGGGAGGCGAGAUCCAGCAGACUCUCCUCCAGAAACUCGGCUUGGGCAAGCGCCAGCUCUUCGCCUCUGGCACGCAGCAGGGCUCUGCAGAUGGCUACGGUGGCUUCUCCUCCCAGGGCCAGGACAACCGCCCCGUUGUCUCUGGUGCCGGCAACUCGGUCACCACUGGUGGCUCCCAGUUCGGCCAGAACGACGGCACUGGUGGAAGCGUCGACCAAUCCAUCUUCCAAAAGCUCGGUCUUGGCGAGCGCCAGUUCAAGGCUUUUGGCAGCCAGGACGCUUCCGCUGACGGCUUCGGUGGCAGCAGCUUCCAGUACCAGAACAACCGCCCCGUCGUCUCGGGCACCGGUAACUCUGUGACCGCUGGUGGUGCUCAGGGCGCUACCAACAACGGUCAGGGCGGCGACAUCAGCCAGCAGCUCCAGCAGCUUCUCGGCCGCCGCCAGUUCCAGGGUCUCGGCCAGGGUAUCAACCAGGGCAUUGACCAGACAGGCUCCGCUAACGCUUACGGUGGCACUGCUUACAUCUACGGUAACAACGGUCCCGCUUCCGUUGACGGCACUGCCACCGCUGGCACCGUUAACCAGGGUGCUUCCGGCCAACAGGACGGCGCUCAGUCUGCUACUCAGGGUCUUACCCAGGAGACCUUGAACCACUUCUUCGCUCGUCAGCUCCAGGGUCUCGAGCAGGGUAUCGGCCAGGGCAUCCACCAGAACGGCCAGGCUGACGCUCAGGGUGGCUCCGCCUACCUUGUCGGUGGCAACGGCCCCGCCUACGUCAAGAAUGGUGCUACUGCCGGCACUGUCAACCAGAACGGCCAGGCUGACCAGCAGGGUCAGCAGUCCGGCACUCAGUCGCUCCAGCAGUCCAUCCAAAACCUCUUUGGCCGUGCCAUCCAGGAGCAGGACCAGGGUGUCUCGCAGGGUACCACUCAGACUGGCUCCGCCGAUGCUGAGGGUGGCGACGUCAAGAUCGUCGGUGGCUGGUCUGCCGGUCCCGUGACUGUUGACGCUUCCAGCCACGCUGGUGUCGUCGACCAGGACAGCACCAGCAACCAGAAGCCCAACCAGAACGCCGCUCAGACUGCCAACAAGGAGAACAUCAACCAGUUUUGGGCUCGUCAGAUCCAGGCUCAGGCUCAGGGCAACACUCAAAACGUCAACACCAACGCUGACGUCUCUGCCACUGCCAGCCCCAAGGCCGCCUCUGGUUACUUCUUCACCCACCACCCCGUUGCUUUCGAUAACACCGCUGUUGGUGGCUCCGUAAACCAGGAUGUCCAGGCUAACCAGGCCAACAAGCAGGGUGCCAGCCAGAACGCCAACAACUACAAGAACAUUCAGGUUCGCGCUAUCCCCUCUGCGCUCAACUACGGUGCUCAGAGCGCCAACGCUGACGCCCAGGGUGGCUCUUCGUACUCUUACGAGACCAACGACAAGAUUGUCAACGGCAACGGUCUUACCUCGGUUCAGGGUGGUCCCCAGACCUCUAAUGGCUCUGCCGCCGCUGGCACCAUCAAGCAGCUCCUCCAGCUCUAG